AAUCCGCGGAUGUGGAUUUGCUCGCAGCAGCGGAACGGCACCGAGUUUCGAGACGAUCAUACAUACGGACCACAAUGAAUCAGUAGCGCUUAUUGAACAAGCUUAUUGUUUCGGCAAUUCAUGCAAUUGUGGAUCGCAUCAUUGAUCGCUCAGAAAUUCGUCGUGCGGGCCGUUGGAUCCUGUCCGGGCGGAGGAGAGUCCAAGAGGCAAGAUGCCGGCAGUCGACGUGGCGAUGGAGACGAGUUUGCGGAGGGGGUUCUUGGAUUUGUUCGUGGCCAGUCUACGACCUGCGUUUGAGAGGAGGGACAUUGCGGGCACAGUCUCAGAUGUGAAGACGGCCUUUUCCAGCUGGGACAACUGCAUGCAGGUCACCUAUUGCAAGUGGCCCGUCAUUGCGCUCAUCAUUAUUGGCGGCUUGAUUAUUUUCUCGGUGGUUUGGUGCAUCAUUCGUUGCGCCUGCUGCGGGCUCUCUUGCUGCUGCUCUUGCUUCUCGUGCCUCAAGUGCUGCGGUGACUGCUGCGGCUGCUGCGAUCCGCCGAGGGGCAGCCGGCGCAAAUAUCUUGAUGAACCAUACAUUCCACCGAACCAUGGAUACAAGGCGCAAGAACCGAUGCAUGCUGGAUUUGCCGGCCCAACGGCACCAGCAGCACCUAAGGGGCCAGAGUUUGCCCAGUUCGCCACGUUCGAUGCCAGCGGCAAGAAGGACGAGGAUGCUCUGCCUCAGAUGCCUAGCUGGGAGGGCGCCGAGCACAAGAAGGUGCUCGUUGAGGAAGAGGCGGUCGAGAUGAAUGCUCUCAAGAAGCCCGAAGCCGCUGGCCAAGUCGCCGGUGCCGGCGCGAUGGGUGCAGCAGUUGGGACAGUGUCUCCGGUUAGCUCUCGAUCGCCGGUUAAUCGAAGCCCGUACGGGCCACCAGGUGCUGGUCCCAGUUCCGAUGGUCUUUUUGCUGCGAGCGCAAUCGGCAACAACGAUCCCUAUGCGCAGGGUACGCCAGGAUAUAAUCAGCCGGUGAUGGCUUACAGCGAGCCAGGGCAAGGGUACGGCAUGCCCGGCGCGACCAUGAGUCCCGGUCCACGGUCACCGCACGCUUACAAUAAUGAUGGAUAUAAUGAUGGGUACAACCACGGUGGCUACGGACAAGCUCACGACUACCCAAACCCCUUGCCUGCCGCAGGCACAUAUGACAACUACGGCACCGCCCAACACCAGCCGUAUGACAACUACCAAACCUACAACUCGCCUGUUGACCAAGGCUGCGGCGCCGCUGCCCACCGGAGUAACCAGAUAGCAUACGAAAUGGACGCCACGCCAUGCCACUCCCCCGAGCCGAGGUCCUCCGCGGCACCACAUGAGCUUUACGGGGCCGAGACACGGCGAACCCCCGCUCCGCAGGGCCAAUAUACCACCGGAGGCUACGGCGCAGCCGAAUCCCGUCGGUCACCGGCCCCUCAAGGUCAAUACGGGGCCGGGUACACCGCCGAGUCCCGCCGAUCGCCCGCCCCGCAAGGCGACUACGCUCGGCGCUCGCCCCGGUCACAAGCCGAUUACAAGAGCGGCGGCAGCAGGAGCGGGUACGACAGCCGCCCUUACGGCGGGGGCUCUUCCGCUUGGGCAACCCCCCAGCGGCAAUAUUCCCACAACAGCAACGAAAACGGCAUGCACCCGCCCUCCUCUCACGGGCCCGCGCCGCCGCUGCGGAACAACGCCGGGUUCGACUCCACCUCGGGCUACAGCCGUCCGCCGCCUGCUGGUGAUAUUACCGCCAGCAAAUCCGUGGGUAGUGGUGGUGGCGGAUACCGGCAACUGGCUUCGCCGCCGGUGGAGGAGCAGGGCGGUGCCGCGUACCCGGGGUAUAAACCCUACCAUCCCGCGACAUGAUUCAUCGCAUGCUAGUUUGGAAGGGAGGGAGAGAAAGGGAUGGUCGGAAGUGGGACAGAAAGGAUUUAUAAAUCACUACCUACCUGUCUUCCUAUACCUUGAUACCCAUAUUAUCGGUUGCGUUGCCAGGAGUUUUUGGCCUUUCAUUUCUUCUUAAGAUCUUUGGUUGCACGGUUUUCCUCUGGACAGUCACUCCAUAUAGAUGGUGUUCCGUCACUUUGUGUUUUCUUGGUUUGUUGGUGUUCGCUUGAUGCUCUGGAAAUCUGGGCUGGGGAUGUACGAGGCGAUCAUCCGUACAACUAAACCAGGUGGCGCUGGUCAAGAGGCGGUCUGAUGUCUGUUUUUUCUACUAUUUUGCAACGUUUCUGCCCGUUGCUUUUGUCCUCUUUGAACCAUUGACUGGG